AGGCUGCUUCUCUCUGCUGCAGUUUCAAUGUUAGCAACUCUGGACAGUGGAGCUAUGAAGUCCAAGGCCAAGUGAACACAGAACCUUUCCUUCACUAUAGAAAUGACAAAUGUCAUGUCACUGAUGCUCUUGGGAACAGACUCAAUGCUACAGAUAUCUGUAAAAAACAUUUUCACAAUCUAAGGGAUGAAGUUUACUACUUCAAAGAGGUGCUGUAUCAAAUACGGGAGGAGAAUAAGACAAACAGAGGGACCCUCACUCUGCAGUCCAAUGUAUGUGGCUGGUAUGCAACAGAAGGAAAUUUCAUGGGAUCCUGGAAGGUAAGCCUCAACGGAAGCAAAAUGUUCGAUGGUGAUACUAAUGAAAGCCUUCGAAUCGAUCCUGGAACCAACUGGACAGAAGAGAUGAGGAAGAAAAUCACAAAUCUAAAUGACUUCUUAACCAUGAACUCACAGGGUGAAUUCAAGAACAAGCUUAAUGAGUCUAAGUUGCACUGUGAAGAAAACAUGGAGCCUACAGCCCUGCUAACCACUAUUGCAGAUGUGGACCAGCCUCCAUCCAGGGCAUGCAUUCAAAACUUCUCUGCCCUGCUCACAAUCCUUAUCUUCUUCCUGUAUGUUUCUGAGGAGAAUCCUUGA